AUGUCAGGGGACAACACCCCCAUACCACCCUCACAACCCCAUCGUACCUCCCCCAACCAACCUUCCAACGAUAUCGAAUCAUCACCAAUCUAUCAAGCAUUAUCAGCUCGUCUAGCCAGGACUGAGAAUGCUUUAUCGACCUUAUCCACCCAGGUAUCUCAACUGACAUCAAUUGUAAGAUCAUUACCACAAUCUCAAUCACAGAUUACCACAUCUCCCAUUAGAUCAAAAACGGCUACGACGACCAAUAAUACUUCAAGUGUAUUCGCACCUUUUGAUUCUGAAUUACCAUUACCGAAACCAAAUGCCUUACCUAAAUCACCUUUUGUACCAUCUACCACACCCCAACCUCAAUCUCAAGGAGCUAUAGCUUCAACAGGUUCGCAGGUGGAGAUCGCAGCUUUGACUCAGCAGAUAUCAGCAUUAUCAACUUCCGUAGCCCAGCUACAGAGAUUACAACAACAGAAUCAAUCACACUCUCAACUUACUCGACAAUCUUCUUCUUCCAACCAGACUCCCACGCUGGGUACGUUGGGGGAUGGUAGACAUCCCGGACCGUUAGCUUUGGGCAUACCUCAAAGACCAUUACAUCAUGGUGUAGAAAGUCUCAUACAUUCCAAUGGACCUAUGACCACACCCAACUCCCUUGCUGGAGGGGCAAACAAUCGACCAGGGAUGAAUAGGUCCUUCUCAAGUGGGAUUAUAGGUCAACCACCCGGGGGUUCUGCUGGAUUGACUAGCGGACAAAUUACACCUUCUAGUGAAUAUCCUUCGAAUAGAUUGGGUCAUCCACAUCAUCCUCAUACGCCCAGUGGAUUGAGAGAUAGAGAGAGGGAGUGGCCUAAUUCCACUGGCGGUACAGGUGCAGGUACAGGUACAGCCAGUCCUGGACCAGGUGGAUCGACUGGAACUGGUCCACUAACUCCAGGUGGGAGUGGUGUGGCUGCUCCUGGAGCUGGAAUAGUCAUUACGAAAUGGGAACAUCUUAACUUGAAAGUCGAUUUACUCAGAUCACUAUCAAAGUACGGAAUCGGUCCACCAAACAAGAUUCAAACGAGAGUACUACCAUUCAUGAUCAAAGGAAGUGACAUUAUAGCUCAAGCUCCUCCUACCACAGAGAGAAUCAUAUCUUAUGUCAUUCCCGCUUUACAUCUCGUGCAAAACUUGCCACCUCCCCCAGCCAGUUACGUCGGACCGUCAGUGAUCAUCAUUACCACGACCGUUGAUCAGGCAAUGCAAUGUCACAAAUUGGUCCGAGGAGUUGGAGGUCCAUUAGGGAUCAGAUCGGCCGUGGCUGCCGGAGCAGCAAGCUCAUCAGGUUUACCCAACGAGAUUGCUGCGAUGCAACGAGACGCUAUUCACAUUUUGAUUGGUACGCCUGCGAAAGUGGCCGAGGUGAUGACCAGCAGGGGCGGACUGGGCGGUGGAGAAUGUAGAUUGUUGAUUCUGGACGAAGUGGAUCAACUGAUCGCUCGAAACCUAUACGACAACGUUCUGAACAUUGCCAAGCUCCUUCCUGCACCUCGACGAGGUGGACCCGGUGGACUGAGUAUGACUGGCCCAUUGACGACGCCCGGAGCUCCAAUCGCACCUUUCUCACCUGGUUUGACGAGCCCUUACGACGCAGGAAGAGAUUCGCCUUUCAACCCUGCUAGCAAGACGCCUUUCCCAACUCAAGGAAGUCGGUUUGGCACCCCCGCUGGAAAUGGUACAGCUGCCGUCGGUGGACCUACUAGUACGGCUGCUGCUACGAAUGGACCCGGUGGUGCGAAUGGAAUAGAAAGGCAGACUUGUUUAUUCUCGAAUACCAUUCCAACGGACGUGAUCAACUUCUCCCAGUCACUUUCCGUUCGAGAUCCAGUUCGAGUCCUGGUCCGAAGAGAGGGAGGCACCAAUUCCCAAGAAUCUGUAUCUUCCGUCACACCAGGGAUCAACCUCAAACAUACCUAUGUGUACUUGACUAUCACCGGAUCGGCCCAACAGGGAUCGAACAAUCAGAAUAAACAGAAUAACGAGAUCGGUCCAGGAACGAUAGGAUCGGGACGCACGAACGGUGGACAAGGUAAUGAGGAGCAGAAUAGAGCUAAGGAAUACAAAUUGGAUAUGUUAACGAAGAUGUUGGAGGAUUAUCCUUUGUGGCAAGCUAUCAUACAUGUUGGGACGUACAGUAUGUUGCAAGCUGUUGUGGUUAGGUUACAAAGUAGGAAAUGGGAGACUUUGUACCUUACACCGGAUAUGCCACCUACACAGAAAAAAGCUAUUCUCCAACAAUGGCGUCUAUCCCUAUCAGGUAACGGGCCUAGAUUCCUGGUCGUGUUCGAUGUGAACAUCAAACCACCCGAAGUACCUUGGUCACCCCUGGUAAUCAACUUUGAUUUACCCCGAUCCGUCGAAGGUUACGCACAUAGAGCUGCUGCUGCUGUACCUCCCUCAAAUCGUCAAGGAGGGGCACAAGGCCAACAGGUGAAUGGUGUUAUCGUCAGUUUCGUACAAGCUGCUGGCGGUGAUGUGGAGAUGCUUAGAAGCACGGAAUGUGCUUAUAGAUUUAAGUCCGCUGAGAUACCUGCUGUGUUCCACGAUCUGUUCAACCAUUGA